AAGGCGGAUGGUUCGUGCCUCGACAAAUCCGAGAUGGAAUCCCUCUCUUCAGCUUCUAGAAUGCUGACGUACUGCCUGCCGGUCACCGAUUUCUCGCCGUGUCACCUCGAAAUAGGUGUGUCCUGCAGUCGGAUGGAUCGGGAGUCCAAGGCUACUGCUGCGAGAGCCGUGCCUGGAUCUUCUUAUAUCCACAAUCUCGGGGCUCAAAUCUAGUGUUUACAAGUCUCUCAUGGAUUUGGAUUCGUUCGGGCGCAGCGCUGGCUGAGGAGUUGCCACGACGAAAGUAUGGCUUCUGGAGUAGACAAUAUCAUAGCCUUCGCAGCCUUGAUAGGAGCUUCUGUCAGCUUCUUCGGCGGCCAUCCGAAUGUCAAGGUACUCCUCGAGCCCUUUAUCUUUAGCUGAAGAACAAGUUGUAUGAAGUUGGUGAGGUCAUUGCCGAGGUGUUUGUACCGUGUUCCAUCUCUAUUUCAACUUGCAGAUAUCUUCGAAGGAACAGGUUUUGAAAUCAGGAGAGAACUCAUGUCCAGCAAUCGCUCCACAGUUUGACGGCCUGCACUUUUACGAAACUAUCACACUCUCACGAAAAGCAUGAAUAUCGAUCGAAUUCGUACGGAGGUCCAACCUCGUAAGAACUGGCACUGCACAUUUGGAUGCGCUGGCCACAAGUCCACCACAUCAGUGGCUGGGAAGGAUAGUUCUCUAUACUUCCGCAAAGGAGCGAUUUCCGAGAUCGUGCCUAACAGCAUAUAUUGCUGCAUGGAAUUGAGCACUAUUGUUGCAUAUUUCUAGAGGAUAUGUAUAUGAUAGAAAAACGUAUUCAAAAUUGGACAUAAAAGGAUCAGAGAAAAUAGUUUGAUAUACCAAUCAAAGCAACUUCAGAUUGAACUUGCUUGUAGAAUUCACACAGGUUUCACAUCUGGUAAUUUUCGAGCUCUCUAUGUACAGUUCGUUGUAUCCUCCAUUGGGUGAAGCAAAAUUGAAGCUCAGCUUUCCUCUCUGAUGUAUUGUGCACUGGUUACUGGAUAACCAGGUUUUCAAUGUGCCUUUUUCCACUGGGAACAUGUCGAAAGGUUCUACUGAUCCACGAAGGUAUGACAGUAGAUUCAUGAGGUGUGCAAGUAUCUGAUCUCAAGGGUUCUUCGUUAGCUCUAAUUG